AUGUUUGAUCUGGUUACCGUGAGAGCAUUCCGCGCCUCCGAGCCUCCGACCGUACGACCACGUGGCCCAUUUAGGAUUCCCGUUAGCCCCAGGUCGCACACGAGGCCUGUCCCCUCGGAGGACAAGCCGCCCCGGGCACCCGCACAUCCCGCAAAGGCGCCGCCGCUCCACCCGACGCCUCGUGCUUCACGUCCUACGUCCUGCGGCACCGACAGCAGCGCGACGCCUCCCCUCGCGACGCCUUCGGUCAAGAGCCGAGCGAAUGUGAACUCUCGCGUCCUCAGACAAGGACAGAUUCCGACAGGAAAUUGCAGCACAACUCUGCAUGUGUCCAAAGGUCCGAGGUCAGGUCACCGUCUGCCUGAAAUGGCCAGCUGCGGCGACGGGGACGAGAGGCCAACCCCGCCAAUGCCUCGGGACAGGUAA